CCACCUUGUCGCCACUGUGGAAAAAAGAUGAGAAUUAAAGCCCACAAUGGACGUGAUGGUUACAUAUGGACAUGUCGAAGAAACACGCAUCGCAGGAUUACACUCUCUAUUCGCAAUGGAUCACUGUUUUAUAACUCUAGGAUUCCCCUGGUAAAGUGGAUGGAAUACAUAUACAGAUUUUCCCAGGGUCUACAUUUAAGACAAAUUGAUCUGAUGGAAGACUGUGUUGCCAGAACUUCAACAACAUUGUCCAGAAUGAACAAAUUGCUCAGAAAGGUUUGCAUCAAGGCAUUGAAGAAUCUGAAAAGAAGAACAGGUCUUAGAGUUGGUGGGAAGUCAAGACAGAAGUUUGUGGCCAUAGAUGAGUCUAAGUUUGCUCACAAGAGAAAGUUUAAUCGUGGCCGCUGUUGUACUACUUGGCAGAGAAGAAAAGGCUGGGUGUUUGGGAUGAUGGAAGUUAAAGGAGCUCGCCGCCUACCAGUCUUAAAGAUGGUAAAGGACCGUUCCAGGACCACACUGAUGCCCAUUAUCACAAGGCACAUCAGAAGGGGGUCAACUGUUUACAGUGACAAUUGGAGGGCAUAUCUUAAUGCGCUACAACCACUAGGAUACAGACACCUAACUGUAAACCACAGUGAAAAUUUUGUUGAUCCCCAAACUGGCUGUCACACACAGCAUAUUGAACGGGCCUGGCUAGCCAUCAAGGCACAGGUAUCAAGAUUCAGGGGUAACAAGACUACAAAACUAUUAAGAGAACAUUUGAAGUUCAUCCAGUGGCACUAUUGGCUGGGAAGAAGAAAUAGGAAAGGUGCCUUGGCACAGCUGAUCCAUGACAUUAGAAGAACAUACAGAUUUAGAUUUCAUUAAAGGUGUAUCUUCCCCAAAUGCAUGAUUUUUUUGGCUCUAGACAGUCUCUGUUUUUGAACUGUUUAUGUUGUGACAUUUCUUCAGAUUCUGAAAUUUGACUAUAUCAUGCUAACAACUUCUAACUUGUUUUGCUAAGUUUAUAGCUUACUCAAACUACUUAGGAGUGUAUAUGCAUACACAUUGUUGCAGAAUGUAUAAUAAACUUUGAAAUAUGAAUGUGAUAGUUUUGCUUUGAUAUAGAUAUUGGGAUAUUAUUGCACAGCACAGAUUUACUAUUUAUUUCCUUUGUUCUUCUUUUUAAUUUUCCAUUUCUGAUCUGACACUCUGAUUACCAAUUUGACUUUACAGUCACACUGUAAAUUACAGUGCUCUGUUCCUGUGUAAGAACAGUGUAACUGCAAUGCAACAAAUACAGUUACACUUUA